AUGGGGUAUCCUCCACCACCUCGCAGGAUAAGCGACAAGAAGAGAUACUACUACUCCAAUAACCCAAACAGAAGACCCUCAUAUACCAAGAAACCGUACACUAAACCAUUUGGUACUCCAUUUCCGCAGCAGGGCGUCUCAAAUAUCCCAUCACCUUCUGCAGGACCAGUACAUCCUUCUUCAAGUCGACCAGUAUCUAAUCUAGGGCCAGAUGGGAGCGCAAGGCAUUCCAGGUAUGAUCCUACUUCAGGUAGUAAACUACCUGUCAAAGAUCUACAUAAAUAUUCAAGUACUCCCACCAAUACCACCACUAGAUAUUCAGGAAGUCGAUAUAACCCAGAUUCAGAAACAUUAGCGGCCUCUGCCGGUGGGCCUCCAUCAAAUUUUACAGAAUCAUCAUCUAUAAUUAGUCCUGAACCCACAAAAUCUCGAUAUUCAAGAAAUGGACCAAGUAGGUACAAUCCACAGCAACAUAGUAUUCCAAAGACAUUAUAUUAUCCAGAAAGUGCUACGGGAUCACCUGUUUCACCUUUUCAACAUCUAGCAAGUAGUAAUAGACCCAGAUCAAUGGAGUCUAUGAGUAACGAAACAAAUUACAGUUAUGUAGCGCAAAAUAUCAGUGCAAAUGUUCGAAGCAACAAGCACAAUAGUAUCACGAACUCGAAUCCUAACAGUACAAGUGGAUUUUUUAAUAGAAGUAAUAAAUGGAGAAAUCAUUCCGUAGCUGAUCUCAAUACUCCUAUAGCUGAGAUGAAUUCUGGAAGAAGGUCUGUUUCGAAACAUGAUGGAGACAGAUUUAUAAAUUCACCUCCAAGUGCCAUAACUAAUCGCCCCAGUUUUUCUAAAGAUAAUAUCAAUGAAGUAGAAGAAGUCAGUAAUGCAAGUACUCCCGUGGAAGAUCUAGAUAAUUCAUCAACUGAUACAGAACUAAAAUCUUUACAGACGUCAAAUCCACACUCUUUAGGAUCAAGUUUAAUUAAUUCCGUUCCUCAAACUACCAGGGAAACUGAAAAGCAAGCACUGACAGGAAAUAAAAAAGCACUAGGGCCAUCAUAUACACCAGAAUCUAAGGAUGUAGAUUCGACUAUUAGUCAUGCUGACUAUCUUGAUUAUAAGAAAGAUUUGAAUGAAAACUUACAACAAACCGAUCUAAAAACAAUGUGGUCCUCUGGAAUCGAUCUGUCAUCGCUCAAUGUCCCUUCUCGUUCGGAAAAGGAUAAUAAAGAAAUAAAUUUAGAAAAAGAACAAAUUAAGAAUCUCAAAGUUAAAGAAUUAGAAAAACUCCAGAACCAUGAAGAUAAGGAAUUAGAAUCACUUUUAGAUAAGAGGAGCACCAGAACCUUCUUGGACCAUGAAUAUGUAUGUAUUAGUGAUCCAAAACUUCUGAGGACAAAUUUCUCUGAAAUUAAAAAUGAUCCUAUCGUGCCAUAUAGUACACCAAAAGAUGAAGUAAAAUCAUGCAUUUUCCCUAUGAGAGAACCAGAAAUGAAACUUUGGGAACUAAAAAGCAAGGAGAGAGCCGAGAUUGUGAUGCAUCAAAAAUAUCUAUUCAGAAAGCCAGUAAAAUCUUUCAAAGUUUAUCCGUUUUUUUCUAAUAAUGUCUUAAUACAUAAGCAAGCAACCAGACCCUUAUUAAUAAGGUCCAUACAGAAAAUGAAGCGAUAUGAAUAUUUAAAUAAGUUGAAACUAAAGAAGUUUUUCUUUAAAUUUGAAGAAGAAUGGGAACAUGACUGUAAGACUUUUGAAGAUGUUAGUAAAAAGUUACGAGAAGCAGAAAUCGAAUACAAUAAAACUUUAGAAGCAGAAGACAGAGAAAGAGAAGAAAGGGAAAAAGGAAUAGAUCAAAGAAAAUCUGUCGGUUCAUCCAGAAGAAGAAAUAGAGCCGAUUUUGUUGAUGAUGCUGAAAUAGAAAACGUUCUACUGCAAAUUGAUCCUGAUUAUAAACAUAUUCAAGCAGCUGCAUCUAUUCCUUCAAUGAUCCUUGAUCCAAUCGAAAAAUUCUCCAUGAAGUUUCAAAAUGUAAAUAAUCUGGUCACGGAUAAAAAUAACUGGGCCAAAAGAGUGCUAAAGGAUGGAAUUGACACAUUCACUGAACAGGAACAUGAGUUGUUUUUAGACGCUUAUUUGAAUAAUCCAAAAAAAUUCGGAAAAAUUUCACAUUUGAUGGGAGGUUUAAGAACAGCAGAAGAAUGUGUAUUGCAUUAUUAUAGAACAAAGAAAGAAGUAGACUACAAGGCUUUAUUGAAAGCAAAAAAUGAAAAGAGGAAGAGUAAUGCAAGACGCAAGAGGAAGAAAAUCAAUGAAGUAGAGAAUGAAAGCCCUAUUAUUGAAUCACCCGUUGUUGAAAAGCCACUAAUUUCCCAUGGUGACACCUCCAGGGUUGAAAAUCAUAUUGAAUCCGCUACGUUAGUAAAGGAAGAAACGAUGGAAGUGAGCAAAAACACUCUAAAUGGAGAAAGGAUGGUAAACGAAAAUCAUUAUGGACCAGUAACUGAAAGCAAUGAAAAAGAUAAUAAUGAAGUUGAAAGUCUAGCAACUGGAAAAACGGAAGAUGAUGUAAUUGAAUCUGAUAGUGCGGUUGUCGUUGCUAUUGAUAACAAUCAAACAUCACAGAAUAUAGGACUGGAACCUCCAGUGAUUCCUUUGAAAUACGAUGCAAUUAACGAAAGUGAGAAAGAUGUCCAUGAAAGCUUGCAUAUUGAUGACAAAGUUACUGAUGACCAUAAUAAGACUGACCAUAUUCUAUCACAAGAUGAGGCUGAGAUGUCUGAAGGGAAUGAUACGGCACAGAGGAAAAAAAUGAAAUUGAAUGAUCAUAAAUCUAGUUAUUGGAGUGUUAAAGAAGCUAAUGCGUUCCCUGACUUAUUAAAGCAAUUUGGAUCUCGUUGGACCUUGAUAUCAGAAAAGCUAGGAACUAAAUCUACCACUAUGGUUAGAAAUUACUAUCAGAGAAAUGCAGCUCAGUUUGGUUGGAAGGCUUUGGUGGAAGAAGCAGAUUUCAGGAGAAAUUCAAAAAGUUUAGGAUCUCUUCAAGAGGCUCAAAUGCUAAUUCAACCUGACCAAAGAAGCUUAAGUAAUAAUAUACCGGAACAACAAAAGCCAGCUCUUGGAUUCUUUUCAAGCCAACCAAGCAACAACAGCUUUUUUCAAAACGUAAGUGGACAGAGCACACCAACACAUCCUUUCAGUGUGGAUCCUGGAAGAAGUUCCUUUUCGAAGGUCAGUACGCCUGUCUCCGAUCUUCCCCCUCCAAGGCUGCCUUCUAUUCAGUUACAUGGUAGCGCUAAUAUAAGCUCGAUGCGAUCAGAAAACGUUGAGUUGUUAACUCCUACUCUUGGGAGCAAGGAAGAUACUUUAAGUAGUUAUGAAACUAAAGUACGCCCUACCUUGCCAAACAGCGGCGACCCAUCUCAAUCGAGUCAAUUUAUUGGCAACAGGAAUUUUACGAUAAGAAGUUUUUUAAAUAAUGAUGAUUCCAAUGCAACUAAAUCAAAACUUUCAUCCAACAUUAUUAAAGGUAGAACGUCACCCAAAAACAUUGUAGUUCAAGAAUUACCCGCUUCAUUACCACUGUCAGAAGCAAAGUCGAGUUCCAUUUCUUCGUUACUAAAUCCAGUGACAAACUCUAGCCUUUCCCCCGCAAGCAAAAAUAACGUGACACCUUCCAUGGCUAUUUUCCAUCCUCCUUAUACCAUCGCGUCACAGGCCACAAAUGACACACCACAUGCAGUUGAGACGAAUAAUACGCUGGUAAACAAACUCAAUUUUGCUAACGAUCCACUAGCAGCUCUAGCAGCAAUCGCAUCCGCAUCGGAGAACACCAAAUCCGCCGCUACCCAGAAGGCAAGAGAAUAA